AUGGUGGAUAGUAGUAGCGACAGCAACGAAGAGGAAACGUCGUGGUUUCGGGAGCGAUGGAGAAGAUUACGAGAUGCGUUCCGGGGCAGCGAAUGGGACGAGGAGCGGGAGGGGCCUGGGUCUGUGAGAGGCAGAGGCUUUGCAAGCCGUCAAUAUCUGGGACAAGGCGCUAAUCAGUCUUGUACAACGGGGACGAUGAUCAACAAACGCCUCAAGGCUGACAACGGCCUACUGAUGCGAUCCUCCACCACCGACGCCGAGCCCCUGACUUGGAGGUUCCAACGGCAGCGGCGAGUAGUGGCGGCGCCUCGUGAAGAACGUAUCACGCAAUGGCUUGCGAAGGCUAGCUUCGAGAGUCAGAGAAGGUAUCAAGCCAAGAUCGUUAUCGAUCUCAUGAUCGUCAGGCAGCGAUGCCUGGGCGAUGCCGGCCCAAGCCAGAUGGGGCAGCAGCUGAGGCGUGGCGAUCAGGAUCCCGGGGUGACGUCGCUGAUGGUGUGCGAGUGUCGACUGCCGAGCGCCAAAGUUGGUGCUAAGAUCUGUGCCUGCUGUUUUGAGAAGGCGCCCUUUGUCACGCGAGAAUGGCCAAGUCCAAGGCGAGUUGUACCACCUACUGCAUGUAGAAAACAUGACCCUUGUGCUCUGCUACUGUUGCCGGUGGCAAACGCCCGAGGAGCCAUCUGCAUCAACGAAGCAUGA